UUCUUAUCGUUAUCGUCGGGUCACGCUGGUUGCGUGAUUUGUGUAAUAUUUUUAAUGCGAAUUUCCUGCAAUUAAAUGUGCAAACGACAUUAACUAUACCACGAAAUUGCAACGGAGGUGUGCAAUUGCAUUUGGACUCGUCGUUGAAGGGCCAUCGCGAAAUCUGAUACGUUUUUGAGCAUCAUCAACAGGUGCUGGUGGCGGUCAUGGCGGCUGAAGUCAAGGACUGGCGGCCUUUUGUUUAUGGCGGCGUUGCAUCCAUAACUGCUGAAUUUGGCACUUUUCCAAUCGACACAACAAAGACGCGCCUUCAAGUCCAAGGUCAGAAAAUUGAUCAAACAUUCAUGCAGCUGCGGUACCGCGGCAUGACAGAUGCAUUUGUGAAGAUCUCCAAAGAGGAAGGACUGCGAGCCUUGUAUUCUGGCAUUUGGCCGGCAGUGCUGCGUCAGGCCACCUACGGCACCAUCAAAUUCGGCACCUACUACACCCUCAAGAAGCUGGCCAACGAGCGCGGCUACCUGACAAACGAAGACGGCAGCGAGCGGGUCUGGAGCAACAUACUGUGCGCUGCAGCGGCUGGGGCCAUCUCAUCGGCCAUUGCCAAUCCCACCGAUGUGCUGAAAGUGCGUAUGCAGGUGCAUGGCAGGGGCCAUCAUCAGGGACUGAUUGGCUGCUUCAGCGAAAUAUACAAGUACGAGGGCGUGCGCGGUCUCUGGCGUGGUGUAGGCCCGACAGCUCAGCGGGCAGUGGUGAUCGCAUCAGUCGAGCUGCCGGUCUAUGACUUUUGCAAGCUGCAGCUUAUGAAUGCCUUUGGCGAUCAUGUAGCGAAUCAUUUCAUCUCGAGUUUCAUUGCCAGCUUGGGAAGCGCCAUCGCCUCGACACCCAUUGAUGUCAUCCGGACACGCCUGAUGAAUCAGAGGCCCGUCAGCAUGACAAUGAAUGGCUUGGCCACGGCGGCAGCCACACCAAAACUGUACAGCGGGAGCCUCGACUGUGCAGUGCAGACAAUUCGAAACGAGGGACCACUGGCCCUCUACAAGGGCUUCAUACCCACGUGGGUUAGGAUGGGGCCCUGGAACAUCAUAUUCUUUAUAACGUACGAACAACUCAAGAAAUACUGAUGCGACAAGUGGCACGUCGAACGAAAUCCAAGUACAAGAUGUAUUCUAGCAUUCAAACCAAAAAGAUCUUUUGCCCCCGUAGAAGAGUUAGGUUAAGAAAACUGUCUGGACCUGGACCUACCUUUAAGCUCAUAGUUCAAUUGAAGUGGUCACUAAAGUGCCUGUCUGUUUCAUGCUGCUGGCUAUAUAAUAGCCAACAAUAGUUCUACGUUCUCAUGCAGAUUGCCUUCGAUAAAAGUGAAAACCAGAAAGAAUUUCAGUCGUUGUCCCAUUCAAGUAUUUGCAUUUUUAACAAAUUUCCUCCCAUAUCACACUGAUUUUUCUCUGCCAUAAGAGCGCCUGGCCGUGGUGAAACCAGUUGCCCUUCGGCGACCACACUAUUUACAUUAAACUAAGCCUAAUAUUACUAAUUAUAUAGUUAGCCAAAAUAUGAAUAAUGUGAACUUGUAUUAGACGUGCAUUUGUUCUGUGCAACAUGUGUAGACUUUAUCGAUCGUAUUACAUACACGUACACACACAGGUUCGUUGUAAAUAUAUGCAUUUAGUAAUAUGCGUUAUGCUUUUCAUGAUCCUUUUAAGAUGUACAUAUGUAUGUGUGUACAUACAUGCUAAUUUUAUUGAAUAAACUGUUUGUUGGAAAUCUCA